AAUCAAUCCAGCAAUCAAUAAGUUCGCUUAAAAGAUUCUUUUAUAAUGCUACCUUAAUUUCACAAACCAAAGACAAUAACACCAAUGUUAUAAAGGAAAUGUCAAAAAUAGCUCAGAAACAUUUAAAUGAUAUUCAGGAAUUACCACAAUCAACCUCCGAAUUUAUUAAUCCUACAGCAGACGAACUUAAAACUCCGUUGAAUAUUGUUCUUCCAGCAUAUGAAACAAUGUGGAGGGUUCUUUUAUAUGCAAUUUUAGAAAUUAAAGUUCGUGAAAUUUUGCUGUCCAAAAACAACUUGAAAAGGAAAAACGAUAAAUACUUUAAGAAUCUAAAUAACUCAAUUGAUACUUUUCUAAAAAAUCCAUCUCAUUCUACAUUAAGAACAAAUCAAUUAGACCUUAUAGUUAAAGAAACCUUGAGAUUAUAUCCCGCAACACGUCACUUAUAUCGAACGCAAAAUGAAAAAAAAUAUGGGAUAGACAUAGAAGCGAUCCAACGUGACACCACGGUUUGGGGUGAUGAUGCAUUAUGUUUCAAACCGGAACGAUUCGAAAACCCUAACGCGUCAUCUUCUCCAUCAUAUAUUCCUUUUUCUGUUGGCAAAAUGAAAUGCAUAGCAGCCAAUAAAUUUGCACCAACAGUGGCAGCUAUCCUUAUUGCAGCCGUUUUGUCAUCAGUUGACAUUGUAGAUGUUGUAGAAAAUGAAGCAGUUGAAAAAUAUCUAAAAAAUCCUUAUUUGACUUUUGACAACUCUCGUCUGGCUUUUGAUAAGAUGAUUGUGAAUGUUACAACACGCUGA